AUGGGGAAUCGGAGACAUGGUCAGUUUGUUUAUGCAACAAAUCACCUUCUAUUUAUGGAUGAUAUUAAAUUGAUCUAUCAAAGUGAUACAAUGGAAAAAAUCGAGCCAGGAGAAUUUGAACAAAUUGACAAAAAUGUCCGCAGAAUUCUUAUGGAGAGCCAUAUUCACAUGCGACCGGCAAACAAAGAAAAACUAUAUUUACCAAGAAAUAAACUUGGAAGAGGUCUCGAGUGUGUCAGUAACAAAUCUGAACGAAUGCUAUUCCAAUUUUAUCAUGACUUGAAGCAUAAAGCCGAUUACUGCCUAAGAAGAGAGGGAAUUCUACGGGUCGUUAAUUCAAAGAAAACUCAUAUGGCCACUAUCGUAGAAUUCAUAUCCCGAAAGUACAAUAUCGAAAAUAUAAAUGAACUGACAAUAACGAAAUUGGUGGAAAUUCAACAUGAAUAUCUAAUUAGGCAGAUUGAAACUAAGCCACUGCAUUCUAUUCUUUUCCAGUUUGUGGAAAUUCGAGUGGACACAACUAUUACGGAUACGGCUGUUUCAAACGGUAAACCAGAUAUUUUUGUCCAUGACAAGGUGAGGAAUACAAUUACACUCAUUGAAGUUGGGAUUACCUCACAAAAUUACCUAAAGCAAGCUGAAGUGGAAAAGUUCCACAAAUAUAACCUUUUGGCAAAUGAAUUAGGGGCGAUUCAUCGGGCUAAAGUGAAGAUAAUCCCUGUUGUACUUACUUGGGAUGAAAUUGUCUCAAGAUUCUUCAAAAGUCAUUUAAAUUCUAUCGCAGUGGAAGACAGAGUGAAGGCAUAUAUCCAAACACUCGUUUUAAGAAAAACAUUGGAGAGUAUGCAGGUAGAGACAAGACAUGGAAUAUCGGUUCCCGAAGAAGAGCAAGCAGUGAUUGAGUGUCAACCGAAGGAUUCUUCUGAAUAG